CCAAUCGGUUCUUUUCAUGCCCAUGCUCAUAACCACUAAACAACAGACUUGAUCAAUACGUCGACCUUUGACGGCCAUAGCUGCGCACAACACGAAUCGGUGGCGACCCCGACAACUCAAGAAGCCCGCCAAAAGUGGUCAAGGCACGUUAGUAACCAAACGUUUUUUUUGGGACUGUGCGCAGGCACGCAGGCGUUUCCUCUCUCACACAUCAGGGCAUCAUUGGGUAGGUUUCUUUGCCGACGCCCGUGGUUUAUCCUGUAGCUCCUGCCAUGCCGCGAAACUUUCGCGGCUCGAGCAACACGCCGCGUGCACGGCAAGGAGGACUAUCGCAGGGAGGCUUGCGAGGGCGUGGUCGUCGGGCAGAUGCCACCUUGUCGCGUGUGACCACGCCGGCUCCAGCCCAGUCCAGCGGGUCAGGCCUCGACCACAUGCGUAUAGUCGGCAAACCAGCAUACGCGACAGCCACGUUCACUCUGGCCGAGGAAGCCAGACAGACGUCGCAGCAUGACCAUUCCACCUGGAGCAGUAACUCGAGACUUCGCAGCCAGCCUGUGCUGUUUCGCAGUGCUGGGAUGACCGAGCCGCUAAAAGCCGAUGACCCGGAUCCCCAGGACAGCGACCCAGCCAGCAGCGACGUCCAUCCACGCAGUGAGCAACCUGACUUACCCGUGGACGUUGGUGUAGAGGAGGCUACCAUGAUGGGCCCAGAUGAGCUAGAGCGGGCCAUCAAGGGAUGCGACAACGAAGCAGACGCAACCGUGGAUGCCCUUUUCUUCUAUGACCUGGACGGCGAGAGGUUGGCAGCGGAAAGCAGCAAGCUGGCCAUCCCUAUACCGGAAAGACACCGAUCACCCAGCAGCAGCUCUGGUGACGAAGUCAUAUUGUUCCGCGGCCGUGCUGGAACACGUCCACGUCAAACUGCCCUCCCGCCGUCGCUUUCGCGAACUUCCAUGGAGCAACAAUCAUCCGCUGCCGAUGUGCACACACCAGAGGCGGACGUUGCCCUCAUGCAAGAUGACAAGCAUCACAUACAAAUACCACUAACCCAUCGAAAACGUCGAAACACGAAGUCUGGCAGGCGGGGAGACCGUCGGCCUGGGCAUGGAAGUGAAGAAGACGCACUGCUUGCCGACUACAUUGCCAACAUGCGAGAGAGUGGCGAGAUUGAUGAGGCACUACACGAUCACGGGCACAACAACCGUGACCUUGGCGGCACGAACAGCGACACCAGUGAUCACAGCGAGCAAAACAAGGCACAGAGACGCAGUAACAGGCGCAGUGUGGUCACAUCCAACGCUAAAGUGGUACAGGAAGAGUCCACAAGUGACGGGUUUCGACAUGACCUUGCUGGGUCUGCGGAGAGCGGAAUCGAACACAGCGACGCUGAGGUGGAUGACGUAACCCUGGCAAAACUGAUCGCGGGUCAAAGCAUAAGCUCCGACUCCGACAUCGACGACGCUGUUGGGAGCCCAUCAGGGGGCGACUCGUCCUCGUCAUCACCAGACGAGAGCGCUACAGUUGCGCAAGCAAGGGCGUCGGAGUUCGACUGUAUGGAUUGGGAGCGCCCGAGCCUACGGCCUAGAAGGAGCAAAAAGUCUCGCGCUCCUGUAGCCUUUGACGUCUCUGACUCGGAUCUGGAGCAACAGUUACAGGUAGCCUGGAAAAAUGACCGACUCAGGAAGAAACAGCGAAAACAGCAACGCGAAGAGCUACGGGCGCUUGGAAUGCUUGGUCAGAACCCGCAGCCGGGGGACCUGAGGCUCAAAUACCCGAUCGGAAUGACCAUACAAGAUGUUGGUGCAGAGUUCAGGGUGUUCCUCAGAGGCACUGACGAAAGUCAAACUUUUCCGCCGAUGGACCUCCAUGCACGAAAAAUUAUUCAUGAACUGGCCAAUCAGUUCAAAAUCAACUCGAAGUCCACGGGUAAAGCAGAUCAGCGCCGGACCACGCUCUACCGCACCGUGCGAACUCUAUCAUACAACGAAAGCAAAUUCGACCAAGCCCUUUCUCGUAUCCACAGGCGUUACUUGCCGCGACUGGAUAUCAAGGGGAAGAGGAAGCCGGGGAACCUCCCUGCGACAAGAGGAAACGGCCAUGCUGCGACGAGCUACCGUGAUGGUGAAGUUGUAGGAGCUGCCGCACCGGAGCUGAGCACAAGCAAUCGAGGGCGAGCGAUGUUAGAGAAGAUGGGAUGGAGCAGUGGAACUGCUCUGGGUGCAACACACAAUAAGGGCAUUCUUCAGCCGGUGACGCAGACCAUGAAGCGAACAAAAGCCGGUCUGGGAUAGCUGGCAUCCAGUAAAGCGCCCAAGGGGCUUCAAGCCAAACUUGUAACACCGGCACCCAUAAGCCCCAGAUAACAUAAAAAGCACAGUCUUCGCGCCACAUUUGGACGCGAAACAGGUACAAAUGCAAAAAGGC